AUGAGGGCAGACGUGAAGGAGUACAUCCCAUCAUGGGCCCGCAAGUCUGCACCGGCUGCAUCCACCGCCCCAACACCACCAACAGCCGCACCGGCCCCACAGAAGAGUGGAUUCACAACAUCCAUGACUUCUACGAAUGUGAUCACAAUACAUAAUAGCUCCACUGGGGGCGGUACCCCAAUCUACAUGCCAACUACACACACACACACGGCCGGUGGAUUGCCUAUGCGUAGCCCAACAGCGGCAUUACGGUUUCCAACUCGUAUGAGUCCCAUGCACGCACCGUUUCCACCUGUGUCAUCAACGAUGAAUCCAGAUGCGAAGGACUUUAUUCCACAUCUAUCAGGUGCCAACUCACUCGCACCACUGCCAACAUCAACAGCUGAAUUGGCAGAGGAACAAGAACGUCAGCAGAAACAGCAAAGCAGAUCUCCUGUAAAUGCGAAAUGGACAAACAGUACAGCAAAGAACAGUGAUACACACCCAACAAUGUCACCUGCAUUUAAGGCUAGUUUCACACCUCCUGUUGCCCCAAUUGUUGUGGAAAAAUCAGAAGAGGAAAUUAUAGAAAUUAGCAAGCGAAGCGAACUCAAAGUGGGAGCCCCUGCAUUUGUACCUCGUCGUACACUAAACCGUAUUCUUAUCACUAAACCAUCCCCAUCUUCACAAGCACAAUCAUCAAGUCAUAUGCCACUUGGAGAUGUUUGGUGCCUCUUCUUUCUACCUGCUAGUGGCGGGGAAAGUAUACGGGAGAAUACAUAUGAUCCUACACACGUUUUCAGCGUAGAUUCUGUUCCCACCUUCUGGAAAAUAUUUAACAAUGUUGCACAACCAACAGAUAUGAAUUAUGGUACUGUAUACUUUUUCCGAGAUGGAAUUAAUCCUAAAUGGGAGGAUCCUGGAAACCGAGAUGGUGGUAUUGUAAAGCUGAAAGUACCUUCUGAGUCUAUUAACGAUGCGUGGGUCUUAUUGCUCUGUCGAACAAUUGGAGAAUCAUGGUCAAAGUCAGUUCGAAACACUGUAAAUGGUGUGGCUCUCAAAGUACGAGAGCGUGCAUACCUGCUAGAAGUGUGGGUAACACAACAAACACCUGAGUUAAUGGCAGACCUCAGUGAAUUGAUGCAGCCAUUACUUGGUGAAGCUUUUUCAGUCUUGUACUCACCUCACUCGGUGACACAGGAACGAGCAGCAGCAGUAGCAGCUGCAUUGGCUGAAAAGGAGAAGAAAAAUAGGAACAAUCGUCGUCGUUGGUAA